AUGACUUUUGAACCAGCUUUGAGUAUUUUAUUUUUUCAUUUCUUUCUCUUCCUUGCAUCAGAGGGCAGUGAUGGUAAGCUUACCACUGGUCUCCAUUUUUCUUCCGCGAAUGCUCCAAGCACCUCAAAUAACCAUGGUAAGGACUCUCCUGAACUGGAUAAAGUUCUUCCAUCCUUGGCUGACGUUAAAGCAGUAACCAAACCAUCAAAAGAUGCUGAUCUUCCUGUUGAUGUUCUGUUACUUACAGUUACAAACUGUGAGUUCUUAGCUUGCUAUAGCGACCUAAAAAACCCCUAUAGACGUUGGUUUGAUGGUCUGGGCUAUGUUUACUUUUCUGAUGUGGGUGAAAGUCAAGAGGAGCUGAAAGUUGCUUUACUAAGAUGUUACAGAAAUGGUAUUGGUCCUGGUGGAGCUCUUGUAUCUGUAAAGAAUGCUACCUCUGUGCUAAGACCCAAAGCAGUCAUUUCAGUAGGAACAUGUAGUGGCCUCAACCCUGCAAAAUCCAAGUUAGGAGAUGUUGUUGUAUCUGCCAAAAUAGCUACAUAUGCAUCAAAGGCAGUGACCAGCAAUCAAGAGCAGUCAACUGGCAUGAGAAGUUAUGUGAGCAAACGCUUUCUGGAUGUCAUUAAGAAUUGUGCUGAUGGCUGGCAAGCACCUUUGAAGAACGCUGAAGCUCAGCAAGUUCAAGUUUAUACUGAUGCUGAGUUUUUGAGUGGACCGGAACAAGUCAGAGCUGAAUGGCGGCAUGAUCAACUUGCUGAAACCAAUCCUAAGGCAAUGGCAAUCGAAAAUGAAGGAGAAGGUGAGCAGACUUUUUAAUAUGCAGCCAGCCUUAGGAAGUGUAUGCAGUCCGGUCUCUUUUGACUCUAUAGAUGUGCUGGUUGCUUUUGAUUCAGUGUUAAUUUCAAGGCAUUGCGUUGAUUGUUUGCUUGUUUGAGCUUAAUAUUAUCAUAAUUUUUUGCUGAAAUGAUGGGCGUGCUCCCAAUUUAUGGGUCAUCAUUGCUUAGUUGUUAGAGCACUGUCAUGCUAACACGGAGGUCAUGGGUUCAAAUUCCCUUGAACCCUCUCCCCCUUAAUUUUUUUUUCAGGUAAUUUGCAAUCAUUGCUUAGAUUGCUGUUACAAUUGUUACAACAAUUAUAUCUGCAAAUUAUACCCAUUGACAAAAGAUAGGUGUGGGAAAGGUGCCUGGUGAAACUGAAGGGGCGGGGGCGGGGGCGGGGGGCAAGCACGUCUAGAAAGUAGCCAUGACAACCCUAUGAGUGGGACCGAGCAGGCACUGUCACACUGAGACCUUUAGUGGAGAAAUGUGCAGAUACUUACCAAAACAUAUCCAAAGGGAAGGAAGGACUGCGAGCAAAAAAUUCAAAAGCAACAUACCAACAUGAGCAAAAUGAUUGACUAUAGGGAAAGUACUGUAAAAUAAUGCUAAAGCCCAAGACUGCCCCAUAUUCGAUUGGUGAUGGAGACCGCUGUAUGGCGUACAUUUGCGGACAAAAAUAAUUGAAAAUAAAAUACAAUUUGAAGUUCAAAAAUUAGACUAUCCAUGUCAAAAUCUCGUCAUAUGAAUUUGAAAUCGCAAUGAACGGAGUCGAAAUCAUUCGAACUUGAAGUUACUUUGAACAAGUUGAAACUAUAAAGGGAAAACUCGACAUCGUUGAUGUUGAAGUUCAAAUCACCAUUCCAACUAGAAUGCAAAUUACAUGAUUUGAACUUCAAUUCACCUUCUCCACUUUAAUAAGCCACUUAAUCGUCAAAAAUGCAACCAUAAUCUUUCACAAAAUUCCAAAUGGAACCUUUAAUUUUAACUUAAAGUCACGUCACAUAUUCGAAUUCCAAAAAACAAAAUUUCAAUUUCAAAGGAAGCGGAAGUAAAAAUACACAAGAACCGAGUAACGACUAGGUACGACAGUGAUAAAAGUGUUGACAAGCCUACACGACUCCUGCAGUUCGCGGAUGAAUAAAUUCUAAUGAAGCCUUCAUAGCUUAGCUUUAACUAGGAUGUCCUUAAGGGAUUUUCCCUUACGAUAUGAGAUGAUGGGGGGCUCCUUAAAGAUUUCUCUCAGUUGCGGAUGAUUUUCUAUAAGGUGCCAUGGAUAGUCUCAGUGGGGAAGGUGCAUGGUGAAACUGAAAGGAGCCGCAAGUGAGCCUGGAAGGUAACCAUGACAACCCUGUGAGUGGCACCCACCCAAACCAAUCUACAGGUGCUUGAAGAAAAAAAAGGGGACAGCGAACAGGGGAGUCACAGGACAUGGUUUCCCCUUUUUUUCCCGUUUUCCCUUGCAAUAAAAACUAAAGAAAAGCAGUUCACUACUGAAGAUGAAUAGAAGUCCUAAUACCUGCCUGAAGCAUGUCCGCGAGAGAAAAUUAAAGUGCAAGCCUUCCAUAACCUCAAUGCAACCUGACACAACUGGGGAGGAGGCGGUACAGUUCACAUCCUCUACAUUCUACAUCUGUCUUCCAACUUUUUUUUUCUUUUUUAUAGAAAGUUAGGCAAAAUAAUGUAAACUAUAUUGAUGUAGGACUGACUUCAACAUUAACUCAAGUGCCAUUUUCUUUGUUGCUCUAUAGGAGUGUUUGCAGCGGCAUUUGACUGUCAAAUUGAGUGGUUAAUUGUGAAAGGGAUAGCUGAUUAUGCAGAUGGUUCUCAGUUGCCUUCAGAGAGUUGGUCUUCCUGUGCCAGUGUGAUGGCAGCAUCUCUUGUUGCACACAUUUUGAGUGAGCCCUGUGUUUUUCAUUCAUGGCCUCAUUACCAAGGUAAAUAUUUCUUGUAAUGUUAUGUCCCUUUUUGGCAUGUUGUUUUACGGAAACUAGGGGUGCAUUACAGUGUACUUCCUUUAUGCCAUAGUAAGCUCAACACUGCAUUAUGGGGUAGAUGCCACACAUGACAUCUUUUUGUCUUUAUAACAGCUUUUUAAUUAGAUUUGAUCAUAUUGGUGUUGAUAUAACAAUAAGACUACUGUAACCGGGGCCACUUAGACAAAGUUGGCCAAACACAUUACAGGAAAAUAACAAUACAUUCCUAAGAAAGUUGGUUGUGGGCCAAUCAGCAGCUUGCAAAAAACAAUAAUUUAUUUGAAGCACAAAAUUUAAAUAUUGAGAGCAAACGUUUUGAAAAACGCAAAAUGUUUCACCAGACAAUGUUUUUCUAUUCAAAACUUUACGUACUGUACAUGUAUAACUCCCAGGAGACAUACUUGUUUGACACAAGGUGAUAUUUUGUCAUCUACAAGACACUUCUUUGCAAGCAUCGCUUUGCAAGGAUUUUCGACCUCAAGUCAAAAUUAUAACUGUUUACAUUUUUUGCCUCCUUCACACACUUUAUGGGACCUCUCAGGAAACACAGGCUUUCUUCAGUGGGUUCAAAAGGUUACGUCUGUUGGUUGUGAUUUGUUGAUUUCGAUCCAUGCUGUUUAUUUCAUUUCUUUGUAAUUAUGAUUGACAACUAACUUUCUCGGAAUGUAUUGUUAUUUUCCUGUAAUCUGAUUGGUCAGCUUUGUCCAGGUAGCCCCGGUUAUAGUAGUCGUAUUGUAAUUGUUAUGGUUUCUUUAAGGAACCUGCAAACGGUAAGAACAUUGAAGAAAUCUCUUGUCAUUUUAAACCAAAAAGAGAUUGAAGUAAAAUCAUGAAACAACAAAAAAGUUUUGGAUUCAGUUGUGAAAUAGGGUUUAGAUUAGAAGAACCUUCUAAGGUCUAACACCCACCACCAAGUGUUCUUAGCCGAUGAGUCUGUUUUUUCCAGCAGUCGUAUUGAGCUGACCACAUAGCUAUAUUUUCUUUUUUAGUGUUAAAACUACACCUGUCUGAUAGGCACUGCUGACUUUAUUAGUAGCCGUUAAUUCUAGUAGAUUUCUUGAAUGUAAGUGAGAGAUCUCUUUAUGUUACAGAUAUAUCAGAGCAGAGCUCAGCCAGCAGAUCAAAGGAACAAUUACCAAGUUUCUCAGGUGCCGAUAUUUAGGCCCUGUCCAAACAAAUCCGGAUAUUUUUGAAACGACAUAUUUUUCUACUUGAAUAGGCCGCGGAUGAAUGAUCGGAUUCACUGGUUUAGUGUUGAGGGAAGGCCAUUUUGUGAGAAAGGAAAUGUGCGGUUUCAGAAAUAUCCAGAUUCACGUAGACAGAGGCCUUAAUGUUUAAUGUUACAUUGUACAUGUAAUCAAUACAAUAAAUUAUGUUACGAUAAGAUACAUUUCCAUUCAUUUUCCUUUGCUCUUGGAUUUUUCCCUCUUGUUUCUUGUUUUCUUGUUUUCUUUCUCUUUUUUCUCCUGAUUUUGGUUUUAAUUUUUUUGUUUUGGUUUUUUCUUAUGUUGGUUAAUGUUUUUGGAACUCUCGUAUCAGGGUUGUUGCGUAUUUUAGCUAAUAAUUAGGCAAAAAUUUUUCGUCCUUAAGGGGGCGAUAAUUCGAAAGGGGGCACUUACAUAUAUUUGAAGGAGGGUGCUAAUUCGAACGUUUACGGUACAUGUCUGCCGUUUGAUUAAAAAAGACCCUCUUCCCUCUCCUCAGUUAAAUACUCUUGUCUAAUUAGCUGCUAUUUGCACUCUGUUCCUUGGCUUAAUUGUGAAAUGGAUAAGGUUUUCCCACCCUAAGUCUGAGCAACAGAUUUAUAGUACAAAACAGCAACAACAACACAGCUUCUAAAGCCAGAUGUAACGUCAAUGAGCAAGUUCCAAUAAUCAUGACAUUUUGAUAUUUAAUACUAAAUUAGAAGGGGAGGUCAGUACAAUGUAAACUAACGAUAGUAUAAAAGUUUUGAAAUCUACAUCUAUAUCUCAAAAAUUGUUGAACAAGUCAGCCUUGCAACAGAAGGUUGUUAAGAAAACCGCUGGACAGAUGUAAAACUUGGUAAUAAGCUUAACGCAUGCAGAAUCAUGCGUCUUGCUGCAGUGUUACCCUGCUUAGGCCCUGUUUUCAAUUCUUGAGAGAACAUAUCCACGCUCAGAUGAAAAUGACCGUACUAGGUAAACUGCCAUUAUCACUGCUACCAUAACACUGUACAAUUAACUCAGUCCUACAUGUACUACUCCAUGUGUUGGAUAGGAUAAAGGAUUUAAGAAAAUUGCUUUUUUUAUAAACAGAUGCUUCAACGGCCUUUUUGAAGUGGAGUCAAAGUCAGCUUUGCUCAUUCUACAACAGUACCGCGAGCCAGUUAAUGAUUACUCCUUGGGACCAGGAUAACACCAUGGACAUUGAUGAGGUGUAUGUACAAUUAACACUGCUGAGAGAUAACAGAAAACUUGCUGGAACAACUAAAGAAAAGCUUAAAGAUUAUAGCGAGAUAUUUGCAAGCCAUGGUCAUCACCUAAUUCCUAAGAGAAUUUUAGUUUACGGGAGACCAGGAAUAGGAAAGUCGACGUUCACUAAGAAACUCGUCGUGGACUGGUCACGUGGUAACAAAGAAAGCCUAGAGAAAUUUGCUGUUGUACUUUUAAUCAAGCUCCGAGAUGUUUGCAACAGGCAAGAUUUCUGUGACAUGCUACAAAAGGCCGAACUGUUGUCCGCUGAUGACCCUAUGGUGUUUGGCCAGUUGUAUGAUUACAUCCUUCGUAACCAACAGAAAGUCCUACUUAUUUUAGACGGCUAUGAUGAAUACAGCGCCGAAAAAUCAUCGCCAGUUCAUCAGAUUUGGAAAGGCAGUCUGUUGAGAGAUUGUACUCUUCUUGUGACAACUCGACCGCUGAAAAACGAUGAGUUAAGACCAGGAAGUCAUGCUCAGUUUGAAAUUUGUGGGUUUGAUCGGUGGCAAGUUGAAAGGUUUGCACUUAAGUUUCUUCGCGACCAAACAGAAGUAGACGAGUUUGUAUAUUUUUUGUAUGAACGGGACCUGUGGGACUUGGCGGAAAUACCACUCCUCCUGUUAAUGUUGGUUCUAAGCUGCAAUAAAUAUCAAGAACCAUCAACAUCUCGCCGCGCAAAUGUGUAUAAAAGUUUUUGUCAGACGCUACUUGACCACGUCUCCGCCAAAACCUCAGAUGAGACAUUUAGAAGCAUGGAUGAAUACAAGGAAGACCUCGCAAAGUUGGGAGAACUUGCAUGGGACGCACUUUUAAAUGGCCGUCUAUACUUCAAGCUCAGCAACCUUCCUGAGUACAUUCGGUUGCUCAUUGUAAAGUUUAUCGAUUUUGGCUUUGUACAAACAUCCAAUCUUUCUAACUCUCCUCGUCCUGAGAAACUGGCGUUCUUUCUUCAUAAAUCGGUACAAGAAUUUCUUUCUGCAUUAUUUAUUGUUCGCGAUUUGAAGAAUGCAAAGGAAGCUUUCGACUGUCUGUCGAAAGUCGACUCAUUUGAACCAUUCAAGGAGCUAUUUGAAGUUUUUAAAUUUGUUUCUCAGUUGUCAUCAGAAGCUAGCGUUGUUGUUUUUAGCCAUCUGAAGAUGAUAGGAGAAAAAGAAGGUGUGACAGGUGACAACUUCUGCGGUGAAAACCCUUCUGUUAAGGGGCUCACUAAAGAACAAAAAGAGUUUUAUAAUACCAGUCUCGAAUUGUUCCUUUCCUGCCCCGCAUCAGAAAGGCAAGCCGUUUAUCCUUCAUUUCUACAAUGCGUUAAGGGUGUUACAGUGAUAGAUGUUGAUGAUCACCUGCCUACAGUUGCUAGAGAACUUUGUUUGAGAUCAACAAGUUUCCAUAAGCCAGAUUAUGUAUUUUUCAAAACUAGGUCUGUACGUGAUCUACUACGACAUGAGGGUGAUCAAAUGUUCUCUGUAAUGUGCGAUUUGGACACCGUUGUUCAAACAUGUGAUGGUGAUGCAAAAUUUGUAAAUACGUACUACGAUCUAAAACCUGAUGACUUUGUCGUGAAGAAAGAUGGACAGCAAUUAGUGUUCUAUUUAACUCGCCUUGAUUCAUUGGGACUUAUCGAUCGUCUGAAACACGUUGAACUGCUUACUAGAUCAUUCAUAUCAGCACCAAAGUCCUCUCUUCAAGAGCCUGAUCACGUGUCACAGAAUCAUGAUGUUUGCAGCUCAUUGGAUUUAACUGAGAAAACAUCUGACCAGACUCUGACACACUCUCUGUCAUAUUUGAGAGAGAUAAAAAUUUCGGAUCCAACAAGUGAACUUCUUAGUAUUCUUUAUAAUCUUCGUCAUUUAACUCGCCUAGCUGAGCUUGUUUUAAGUGGUGUUGGUAUGGGGAAUCAAGAGUGUCAGUUACUUGCCACUGCUUUAAAGUAUGUUAAUCAGUUACGAUUACUUAGGUUAUCAAGUAACCCACUCGGUCACGGGAUAAGUGGGCUUGCCAAACACCUGCGCAAUGUACCUCAUCUGGAAUGGCUGUGCCUGAAUGAUACACAGAUGGGUGAAGAAGAAGUCACAUCUUUAGCCCGUAGUUUGCAGAAUGUGACUCAGCUGAGUAAACUUGACUUAUCAAACAACCCACUCGGUCACGGGAUAAGUGAACUUGCCAAACAUCUGCACAGUGUACCUCAUCUGAAAGAACUGUACCUGAAUGAUACACAGAUGGGUGAGGAGGAAGUCACAGCUUUAGCCCAUAGUUUAAAGAAUGUGACUCAGCUGAGUAAACUUCACUUAUCAAACAACCCACUCGGUCACGGGAUAAGUGAGCUGGCCAAACACCUGCACAAUGUACCUCAUCUGAAAGAGUUCUACGUCAUUGAUACACAGAUGGGUGAAGAGGAAGUUACAGUUUUAGCCCAUAGUUUAAAAAAUAUGACUCAUCUGAGUAAACUUUCCUUAUCAUACAACCCACUCGGUCACGGAAUAAGUGAGUUUGCCAGACAUCUUCACAGUGUACCUCAACUGAAAAAGCUGCACCUGUAUGUUACACAGAUGGGUGAAGAGAAAGUCACAGCUUUAGCCCUUGUACUCGUCUACGUACCAGACCUGAAGCUCCUUUCGCUUGACAGAAAUCUGCUAAACCGCGGUGUGACUGAACUAAUCAAGUGCCUCAGAAGUAGUCCUCAGCUUCCUGGUCUCUGCCUCACCCAAGUUCAACUGACGAAGAAAGAAGCCACCGAGCUGUCUUCUUUAGCAGGUGAAAGGAACAUGUACUUGGAGUCAGAUUACCAUGUAAGUUUCUCUUUUGUAAUUUGCAUUAUUAAUGCUCGUAGUACCCAGGAACUUCCUGGUAGACGAGAAUGAACCGUUCCUUAAAGGGGCUGUGUCACUAUUUUUAUUCAUCCUAAAAAAAUUCAAAACUUUGUAAAAAGAAACUCUUGUCACAUAGUGGUCCUUUCUUGUCAACAAUUGCUAUUGCGUUAUCUUUCUGUAGAUGUCCACGUUGGAAAUAGAUUGCAAUAUCAUAUUCCGUCAACAAUGAUUCUACGUCAAUGGACUAAAUUGGAUUUCAAUAUCAAAUUCAAGUUCUGUUAACGACUACUCUAUUAGUGCACUAAAAUCAUUAAUAAGUGGCCGGGAUGGUUUUGCUUUCAUGUUUGGAUUUCCUUAGCGUUUUCUUAAAAAGCCAACUUAAAAAAUGAAUAGGGUUUGUUCCUGACUAUAGAACUUAAAUACUAUUCAAAUCUUGCUCUUGUAACGUUACGGUUAAGCAUGUAUUUGAGGUUAAAACUCGGGAUGAUGCGCAGCGAUGCAGUGAAUAUAAGUGACAGUUAACGUUCGGCGGUCCCGUCUGAUAACUAACGUACAGUUGGAGAAAAAAUAAGGCGAGCGAUAAUUUGGCUGUGGUACAGACUUAACACUGGAUAAUAUACCGGCUUGUACGAGUUCCCGGAUCUCGUACAAGUGAACUUCCUCGCAGACUAGAGGUACAAGGUCGUUGAAAUCACUGAGGGGAACUCGUUGGUAACUCAUCUCAAGGUAAUUAGUAUGUGUAAUCAAAUGGUAUACUCGUGAAACUAGGGAAUAAUUUCGAAAUUAUUAGGAACUGGACAAAACGCAAGUUAAAUUAUUUCCUAAUUUCACGAGUAUACCAUUUGAUUACCUAUCAAUAUCAUGGGUGACGAAUUAGGAUUGCAAUCGUGGAUUUUUGACAUGUUUAUCAUUUAUCGCAUUGAUCGGAGAACUCCACGCGCUCCACGUAGAAAUCAUGCUAUUAUUUGUUUAUACUACUACCCGCAAAAGGUUUGUAAUUUUCACGUGUAGUUAUUUCAAAUUAAGCAGGAAUACCACUGCUCUAAGCCAUCAAAUUACAGAAAUUUCUCAUGUUUUAGUAUAGGUAAUAGCAUGAUUUGUAGUGAUAUUAGGUAUAAAUACCACAAAUGAUAUUUCGAAAAAAAUUUGAGACAAUUUUGAAAUAUCACGAGUGGUAUUUGUACCAAAUAUCACGGACAAAUCAUGCCAUUAUUUGUUUAUACCACUACCCGCCAAACGUUUGUAAUUUUCACAUGUAGGUAUUUCAAAUUAAGCUGAAAUACCACUGCCCUAAGCCAAUCAAAUUGCAGAAAUUUCUCAUGUUGUAGUAUAAGUGCUGAAAUUUCGCGCCAAAAUUAAGGAGUAAUUUGUCACCCAUGAUAUUUAACAAUUAUUUCACGAUUGCGCUUUGGGUUUGAGUUGGCUAAAGUCGCGAGUAUAAAAAUUGUUUUAUUAAAGACGCCCACAAAAUAUCGAGAAUUCUUCCCGACUUUAUUUGUUAAAACAACCGUUUUUCAGCUUGUUGGUAAUUUUGAGCAGACUCGAGGCAGACGCGUACAGUUACCAUAUUUGGAAAGCAUGGUAUAAUAGCUCAUAUACCAUGAUGGCUAAGCCAAUCAGAGCUCUAGAAUUGCAUUAUGCAAUGAUUCAGUUUAAAAAAAUAAUAGUUAUAUCACUUACAAGUAUGCUUAUUGUAUACUGUUGAAAUACAAAAAUUAAUUUUUGCAAGUCCUCACAACUAAAAUUACAUCACAGUAGAAUAAACAACUAAAACUAUCGUACUUGAAAACUCUUAAAUUGUUACUCUUUAUUGGAAUGAAGUUGAUGUGAACUGCCUAAAAAAUCAAGCGUUUUAAAUCCGUUGCUGUUUGUCUUCUUUAUUAGACCAAGGUUAAUGGUUUGCCCCCUCGCUAUCCCCGCCUAGUUACUGAGACAGAACUACAAGAAAAGGGAGUCAUAUUUGAUGAAAAGUGA